AUGCGUCCACAAGCCCACGUGCCCGGGUGAAUAGACAGGUUACACGCAGGACUCGGAAGUUCCCAAAGUCGUAAUAUAAGCUUGACUCCCGGGACCCAAGACGUAUGCCCAGACGUAGAAAUCCCAAUCCUACCUUACUUGGGGCCGAGGAUCAAACGAAAAAGAAAAAAUCUUAGGAUGAUCCUAACUCGUGGCUUCUGGUGACGCGUCUGCUUCCAGCAGGCUGAUAUACGCUCGCUCCCUUAAGACGUCCCCUUCCUUCUCAUUCGUACCUUCUUAGGUAAUAGUUUUACUCCUCAGUCCAAUUAGAGGGUACUAGCUUCGUCGCUAUGAAGUCGCAUCCCUCCGCAACGGCGCUGCUGCUGCUCGCCGCGCAAGCCUUGAUCACCCCGACGGGCGGGAUCCCCAACUGUCCGUACCCGGGACCAGCGUUCCCGAAGCCGAGGUCGCUGGCCUCGUCCGACGCGAUAAAGACCGCCAUUGCGAACCUAACGACGACGUUCAACGCGCGCGGUACGGACCCGGCGGCCAACCCCAACAGCACGUCCUGGUCCAUCCAAGUAUUCUCGGCUUCUGAUGCGGACGAGGACACGCCACUCUGGAGCCACUAUCACACCGCGACUGAUCUCCUGACGGCUAAUACUCCGGGUGUGAAGAGCGUCGAUGGCGACACCGUGUACCGACUCGGUAGCGUUACGAAAAUAUUCACGAUAUUAACGUUUCUGAUUGAGGCCGGAGACACGUACUGGAACACCCCGGUAACACAAUGGGUCCCAGAACUAGAGCUGUUGGCCGGGAAAGCCCAAUACGAUCCCGUUAUGAACGUGGAGUGGGAAACCAUUACGCUGCAGGACCUGGCAAGCCAUCUGGCUGGAAUUGUGAGAGAUUAUGCCAUCGAAGGGGAAUUGACGCAAGAGAACAACCAAACUGUACUCGAAGCCAAAGGCUUUCCGCCAGCACCCCGGAACGAAACUCCUACCUGUGGUGAAAUGAUAAAAUGUCCUCGCGCUGAGUUCUUUACUGGUUUAUCCAACGUGCCGCCAUCAUUCUCUCCUUCGUGGACGGCCGGGUACUCAAAUAUGGGCUACCAGAUCCUGUCGUAUGCGCUCGAAGCCAUCACGCAAAAGCAGUUCGCGCCGAUGCUACAAAGCGACAUCAUCGAUAAACUCGAGCUCCAACACACGUUCUACCAGAAGCCUGACGACGAUUCCUUAGGCGUCAUACCGGAAGGCCACGAGGACGACUGGUCGUACAGCAUUGGCGAAGCGAGCCCAACCGGAAACAUGUACUCUUCCGCAAGCGACCUCUCGCGCCUCGGCCGCGCCAUAUUCAGGCACACCUUACUCGCCCCAGCACAGACGCGGCGAUGGCUCAAGCCCACAGCCCUCACGUCCGACAUCCACGAGGGCGUUAGUUCGCCGUGGGGAAUCCGGCGCAUCCCCCUGAGCGACGGGAGCCGGGUCGUCGACGCGUACAGCAAGGCCGGCAGCAUCAACGUGUACAUGUCGCUCCUCGUGCUUCUCCCGGACUACGACGUCGGGAUCAGCGCGCUCCUAGCCGGGGGCUGGCCGGGCAACGCGAACUGGGACAUCGCGGACAACAUCGGGCGCGCGCUGCUCCCGGCGCUCGAAGACGCCGCGCGCGAGGAGGCCGACGCGAACUACGCGGGCAUUUACACGGCGGCCGGGGACGCGGACCUGAAUAGCACGCUGGUGCUCAGCACGGACGCGGCGCGGCCGGGGCUGGGGGUCGAUAGGUGGGUCAGCAACGGCACGGACAUGAUCCCCGUCGCGGUGCGGUACACGCUGAACUACAACGUCACGGCCCCGUCGAUCCGCAUCUACCCCACGGGCCUCGAGUCCGCGGCGGCGGCGGACGGGACGAGGAAGAUCGCGUUCAAGGCCGUGGUCGAGAACUUGGAUCUGACGGACCACAGCAGCGCGAUGUUCUCGACGAAUUGCGGGACUUGGGUUAGCCAGACGGCGGCGGUUUAUGCGGAUAUGCCGUUAGAUCAGUUUGUGUUUACGCUCGGGGAGGAUGGUAGGGCGGUUAGUGUGACGCCGUUGGCCUUGAGGACGGCGUUGCUGAGGAACAGCUAAUUGAGAGGGGGGUAAUUCAUCGUUGGUGUAGCCGCUGUAUGUCUCCGUAGCGGUCCUUGUACCACAGCACCAUGAAUAUUUCCAAACUGACUUGAUUCGUAUUCUGUUCGCUUAUCCACGUCAUCGGCUUGUAAAAAUCUAAAAGGGUAGAAGAUGGAGUUAAGAGGGGAUUGGUAGGGGAGCCAAGUGUAUGGGUAGCUAAACGUUGUUCUUU